GUUGCUGCUGAUUUCACAUCAACAGCAGUGAAACACAGAGUGCACUCUGAUAGCUGAUUACUGAAUGAGAUACUGUAAACGGGUGGGAAAAAAAGACAGCGUGUGAAACAGACAGACUCAGAGAGGGAAGGUUAGAGCAGGAAAAGUGGUCAGGCUGCAGAGUGUUCUCCUAGGUGUACUGCGGAAGCUUUUUGGAAAUGGAUGCAAGGACCAUCUGCUGCCUGUAGAUUAGAGGGCUGUAGAAUAAGGGCAGAGAGAUGAGCCUGUGGCUCUUGAAUAAAAACUGAAGUUCUGCGUAUCUGAUUUAUCAAGAUAAAUCAUGAGUCUGUGCAUGGAUAGGAUAUUAAUGAAUAAAUCCAUGCUAUGGAUAGAGUACAGCCUGCAUUGCUAUAAAAAAUAGAUAAACAGCAACAAUGCAGUGAAUAAAUUCUGCAGUAAUUAUCUGAUUUAUGUAUGAAGAAAAAGAGAAGCGAAAUACAGAAAGCCUGUAUUGCAUUGCAUUUAACACUGAGAGAUGCUGUACAUUGAAUCUGACAACUAUGGAAAGAGAAAUCAUGGAGAAGUCAAGUAGCGAGGAUUCUUCAAUUCACCGGAGUCCAUCUUUGGAUAGCAAAGACUCAGAUUUUGCUAAACCUUCUACCUCAGGAAGGCAAUUUGGUCGAGGUUUUACUGCUGGAGCUUUCUAUGGUACAGCUGGAUCACGCACACAGAACCACACUGGCAUCGAAACUGGGACUGGUUCUGGGACUGGGACUGGCAUAAAAAGUGACAAAUACAGUGCACCCAAAGGCAGCAAAUAUGUGGUCUUUUACCUGGAUCUAUCCUUUGUUUUCCUUUUAGAAUUUAAGAAGUGCGACAUGACAAGAGGCUGCCUGUGUUGUUUGAAAUAUAUGAUGUUCCUUUUCAAUUUGAUAUUUUGGUUAUGUGGCUGUGGGCUCCUGGGCGUGGGCAUCUGGCUGUCAGUAUCACAAGGAAACUUCGCCACAUUUUCUCCUAGCUUUCCAUCACUUUCAGCUGCCAACCUAGUCAUUGCCUUUGGUACAGUCAUCAUGGUGACCGGCUUUCUGGGCUGCCUAGGUGCUAUCAAGGAGAAUAAGUGCCUACUUUUGAGUUUUUUCAUCGUUUUGCUGAUAAUUCUCCUGGCAGAGCUGAUAUUACUAAUUUUGUUCUUUGUUUAUAUGGACAAGGUCAGUGAGAGCGCAAAGAAGGAUUUGAAGGAAGGUAUGAAGCUGUACAAUUCAGAAAAUAACGUUGGGCUGAAAAAUGCAUGGAAUAUCAUUCAAGCAGAGAUGAAGUGCUGUGGUGUAAAUGACUUUACGGAUUGGUACCCAGUACUGGGAGAAAACAUUGUCCCAGACCGAUGCUGUACAGAAAACUCUCAAGACUGUGGACGGAAUUCCACUGAAUUAGUGUGGAAAACGGGAUGUUAUGAGAGAGUUAUGACUUGGUUUGAUGAGAAUAAGCAUGUCCUUGGCUCAACUGGGAUGUGUAUCCUUAUAAUGCAGAUUCUUGGCAUGGCCUUCUCCAUGACACUCUUCCAGCAGAUUCACAGGACUGGCAAAAAAUAUGAUGCCUAAAGCCUCUGAAACAUUAUCACAUCAGCCCUUCUGUUUGAUCAUAAAAAUGAACAAAAGGAGAGACUGCAAAGAGUAUCAAGCCAAGCCCUGCUGAGUGAAUCCGUCCCACUGUCUGAUCUACUUUGUUGUUACUUGUACAGAUAUUAUCACAACUUGUUGUUUGAUUCAUAUUUUUCUCUGUUUCACAUUUGCCAUUUAUUUGCCAAAGAGAGGGGGAAAAGCUCCCGAACACAUGGAUUUUCUAAACAAAAUCAUACAUCUGUUUCCAAGACUAUUCCCUUGAUUUAAGAACACAUUUUGCUCUACCAAUACAUGCUAAAUGUGCAAAAGUUAUAUAAGUUAAACUUUAAGGGAGAAUUCUUCAAAGUCUUCCAUUACGUUUUCAACCCUCAUGUUCAAUUCACUGGAAGUCUUGUAAAAGCUACUCUAACUGGGAGUCCUAUGAAUUGGAGCUUCUUGUACCUGAUGGUGUAUACUUUUUUGUUAUGAUAAUGAUGAUUAUUAAUAUUAUGAUAAAUAUAGCUUAGAAUUUAGUAGCCUGAUUUAUAGCUUCUAUAUAGUGUAUCUGUUUUUACACAUUUAUUGUACAUUAGUGUAGAAACCACUGUGCAAUCUCCUGAGGAUAUGUUUUUCAAAGUUGGCAGUUGGGGAGGACAGAUAAAGAAAAUGUUUCUCAAGUUCACUACUUGAGAAACACUCCUCCUACCUCCUACUUAACACUCCUGUGACGCUAAAUUUCAGUGUCUUUACCCAGCCAAAGCAGACUGUGACACUGUAAUUGGUGCUCCUUGUUAGACUGUUUUGAUGUUAUGCUACUUUGAAAUCUAAAAGUAAUGGCUAAGUGAGUAAUUCUCCCUGGCAUAAAGGAGAAAGGUUGCAGUCUGGCCUGCUGGUCACUUGGCAGCAGGUUUCACAGACUGUAUUGUCUGUUUCAAAAAAUUUGCAUAAAGCAUGGUGUGCUGCGGGAUAUUAGAAAGAGAGGUAGCAAUUUUAUUACAAUUUUGUCAUGCUAUGCCUUUCAGUGAAGUGGUUCCAUCAAAGAGAUGACAGCUAUCUCUCUGAGCUGGAAAAGAUGUCUCUGGACAGAGGGGAACAUGAAUUUGAUUAAAGAAGAGCAGAUUCAGAAAAGGGGCAAUUUCCAAAAGAAACUGAGAGAGACUAUGCACUGUCACACCUUCAGCACAGAACUGGUUCAUGCUGGGAGAUUGCCAGAUCUACCCAGUGAUGUGAUCAAGAGUUCACUGAGAUGCGAUGCAUAUUUUUUAGCCAUAUUCUGACUACAAAAUUUGAACGAAAAUUCUAGUUUGAAUGCCAUUUUAUUGUAAGCCAAUUCCAUUUACUUUUUUUUUUUUUUUUUUUUUUUUAAAGAAAUCUCUCCUAAGUUUUACAGUUUUGUGAAGGAAGAAGAAAAGGCCAUUAGAGCAUGUUGUGUUUUAGCUCCAGUCAGGGCUUAACUAAGCUCUGAAAGGAAUUCUACUUUAUAUUAAUUCAGCUUAUAUUAACUGGCAGUUAGAGGGGAUCUUUGUAAGUUACCUCAUCCAGUGUCACUCUCAAAAGAGAGCUGUGAUCUAUAUGAGAUGGAAUUCACUAUGAUGUUAUUAGACUGAAUAACAGAAACUGCUAAGGAUGGAGAUUUUAUGCCUCUGUGGUAUCCCAUUCAGAGCCGUGCCAUGUCAAACUACUCCUGUGGUAAAUACAUUUCUCCUAAUGUCCAGUCUGAAUAUUUAUGUUUUAAACUCUGAAAAUACGUUGGUUUCGUUGGAUAAUUCAGCCAAUCUUUUCAUGAUGAGCUGAAAUAACAAUUGGGCCGCUUCCUAUCUGGAAAGUAUGAGUACCCUGUUUUAUCUUCCUAGUAGGUUCUGUUUGCAUUUGUAAAUCAGACAGCAUUUUGUGUGGACUCUCUCACUUUUUGAUGUUCCUUUGAGAUCAGUAUGAUGGAAAGAGUGUGAAUGCAUGGGACAAGAGGGAUGAAUUUGUAUUUUGGGUAUUACAGUGAUGAAGGCCAUUACUAAUCUUAAAGAAUGGCCCUUGUCCACAUGAGCAUGAUGUCUGAAGUUUCAUAAAUCUCUUGUUGCCUACUGAAGAACACUGUAUGGGCUCAGCUAUUUAAUUUGCAUUGCCUUUGAAAUCCAGGGAAGGAGUAGAAGGGAAGCACAGUAACUGAAUCCAGUUUUAAUUCCACUUCUAACAAAAAUUGGGACCAAGAACAUCUGAGCCUCAUUGGAGAUGUUGCUCAUCAAAGAAGGGGCUCUGAUGCCCAGUAUACUUGCUGCUACAUGUAAGACCAUAUACAAAAUACCAUAUACAAAAUUACUAAAAUGUGUUGCUAUUUCUACAGGAAAGACAGAACAAUUUUCAUCUAAUGACUCUAUUACAUUCUACCUUUGGUCAGAGGUGCUUUGCUUUUUUUAAUUUUCUUUGGGGUUUGAGAAGAAUAAGAUGCAUCACAUCACAUCUGUCCUCUUGGGUUGCACAGUGGUACGUGCUACAACUUAAAUUUCAAUCUACAUACAGCUUUUACACACACACACACUCACACACAAAAAAAAAAAAAAAA